AUGUCAAAUAUUUCAACCAAUUCACCUAAUACUGUAUCAUUAGAUUUAAUUCGAGCUUCAAUUAUUUUACCAAUAAUGGAAAAAUAUAUUAUUAUUUUCUUGUAUAUUAUUGGUUCUAUUGGUUCAGUUUUGAAUAUUUUUAUGUUUCUUCAAAAACGAUUUCGUUGUAAAUCAUGUUCAACAUAUUUUAUUUCAACUUCAAUUACUGAUUUUUGUAUUAUUAAUACAUUUAUUUUAAUGCAAUUACUUAGUUUAUUUAAUCCUACAAUGUUCAUAAUUGCUACAAAAACUAAUCUAUGGUGUAAACUCACAAAUUAUUUCUAUUUUCUUCUUCCUUGUCUUGCAUCAACUUAUAUAACAUUUGCAUCAAUUGAUCGUUAUUGUGCAAGUUCAUCAAAUAAUCAACUACAAAAAUUUAAUCAAUUAAAAAUUAGUCGUAUUUUAGCUUUGAUUAUAUUGUUUUUUUGGCUUAUAUUUUCUUUACAUAUUAUAAUAUCAUAUAAUCGUAUUCAAAUAACACCAACAAGUUCAAUACGAUGUACACCACAAUUAAAUCUUGCAGGUGUUUUUAUUUUUCUUGAUGGAUUUUUCUAUUCUAUUUUUAAUGGUAUUAUUGUACCUCUAUUAUUAAUUAUAUUUGGUUUAUUAAUAUUUCGAAAUGUGAAAUUUAUUUCUCAUCGAACUUAUCCACAACAAUUAUCAAUUAAUUCAUUUUCACAUCGAAGUAAUCAACAUCUAAUAACAAUGCUUUUAUUUCAAGUUAGUAUAACAGUUAUUUUAAAUAUACCAUAUAUUGUUAAUUAUCUCUAUGGAAUUUAUAAUCCAACACCUAGUCAACCAUUAUAUUUAUUAAUCUAUAGCAUAUUUAAUUAUAUUGGACGAUGGUUUUGGUUUAUGAAUUAUUGUAAAACUUUUUAUAUUAAUACAUUAUCAAGUAAAACAUUUCGAAAUAUUCUUAAACGAAGAUUUGUUUAUAUUGUUCAACAAUCAAAAAAUAUUAUUUUUCGAUGA